AUGGCAGAAAGACUUAAUCAGGUCAGAGCAUCGAUAUUCCAGGCAUCUCAAUCUCUUCUUCAGACGCUUUCGACGUCUCUUGGUCCCAGAGGAUUGGACAAGAUGAUUGUGAGGGAUAAAAAGACUGUUGUAACCAACGAUGGAGCCACUAUUCUGAAAUAUCUGAAUCAGCACCCAAUCCAUGGGAUUUUGUCUAACAUGUCCGCAGCACAGGACGAAGAAUGCGGGGAUGGAACGACCAGCGUUGUUGUUCUUGCUGGGUGCUUACUAGAAAGUAUCAGUAACUUGCUGGAGAGGAAUGUCCAUCCUUCUGUUAUCUGUGACAACUUAGAGAUUGCUAAGAGGAUUGGACAUCAAGUACAUUGA